UGCUUUUCAGGUUGAUCCAUUCAGAUCUACCAUGUUUGUUUCGCUAUUUCUUGUGGCUCUCUGCCUCUGCUUCCUUCUGCUUCAACUUAAACCUUGGAGACCUAAGAAUUUCCCACCGGGACCCCUCAGUCUGCCUAUAUUUGGAAGCCUUUUGUUUUUGAAUUUAGAGAAUCCUUUGAAGGACUUUGAGAGGCUGAGGGAAUCAUACGGAAAUGUCAACAGUCUGUUCAUUGGUAGAAAACCAGCUGUUAUCAUCAAUGGGUUUAAGGCAAUGAAGGAGGCCAUUGUGAUUAAAUCAACUGAUUUUGCUGGAAGACCCCAAGACCUUUUUAUAAAUGAUGUCACACAGAGAAAAGGGGUGAUUAUGGCUGACUAUGGCCCUAUGUGGAGGGAGCAUCGUCGCUUUGUCCUAAUGACCCUCAGGAACUUUGGCCUGGGAAAGAAGUCAAUGGAAGACAGAAUCCUUGACGAGAUUCAACACACAAUUAAGACACUGGAAAAUAACAAUGGUAAAACUCUGAGUCCUCAGGUCAUGUUUCAUAACGCUGCCUUCAACAUCAUCUGUCAGGUUCUGUUUGGAGUGCGCUAUGGGUAUGACGAUGAGACAAUAAAACUCAUUGUUAGAUGUUUUGCUGAAAUGACUAAAAUAGCCAACGGUCCAUGGGCAAUGCUGUAUGACUCUAUCCCUUUAAUUCGUCACAUGCCGCUGCCCUUCAACAAAGCCUUUGAAAACAUGGAGAUUUUCCUAAGUUUUUCGAGACGUUUGAUAAAUGAACACAAAAAAACUAGAGUCCCAGGAGAGCCAAGGGAUUUUGUCGACUGCUACCUGGAUGAACUGGAAAAUAGACACCAUGGUUCUACGUUUUCUGAGGAGCAGCUAACAAGAAUCACUUUUGACCUUUUUGUUGCGGGGACUGACACCACCUCCAACACCCUCCUUACUGGGUUUCUCUACCUCAUGAACUUCCCACACAUACAAGAAAAAUGCCAUAGAGAGAUAGACCUGGUGCUGGCUGGGAAGGAUCGGGUCACUUUGGAAGACAGACUCAGCAUGCCUUACAUGCAGGCUGUGAUCCAUGAAAUUCAAAGGAUUGCCAACACUGUUCCUCUAAGCGCUUUUCACUGUACAACUAAAGACACAGAGCUCAUGGGAUACUCCAUUCCUAAGGGUACAAUGAUUGUUCAGAACCUGAACUCGGUACUAAGAGAGGAAUUAAAGUGGAAGUUUCCUAAUGAAUUUAACCCCGAAAACUUUCUGAAUGAACAAGGAGAAUUUGUUAAACCUGACACCUUCAUGCCUUUCUCUGCAGGACCUCGGAUGUGCCUCGGAGAGGGUCUGGCUCGUAUGGAACUCUUCCUCAUCACAGUUACCCUGCUGAGGAAAUUUACGUUCAUCUGGCCAGAGAAUGCAGGAGAACCCGAUUACACUCCAGUCUUUGGACUCACGCUGACACCAAAACCUUUUACUAUGAAGGUCAAACUUAGGUCAAUUUACUGAAGUUGUGUGCAGUGUUUAUUAGCAUAAACUGAAUAAAGUAUGUCCUUGAAUUCUAACAAAAAAAGGUCAACCACUAAUAUUUCAUUGAACUGGCUUUAUAUUUGAUUAUUGCAUGCAUUCCUUGUGGAAUUGUUUAAUAAGCUUCACAAAUUGUUUUUUUGGUCAGUGUUGCACUAAUAUUUCAACUGCAUUGAUGACAAUAGAGUAUUACAGCCGUGUAAAGGCUCCUAAUGUACAUCUGAAUGAUUCUCAAUGGGCUUAAGGUCUGGACUCUUUGUUGGCCAAUCCUUAAAUACUCCCAAGUACGUUAAACUAUUUUGAUAAGUAGUUUAUAAACCAUUCCGUUUUCCUUUUCCUUCUGAGCAGGAGUUUCUGUCUGUUGUCCUCAUUGAUGAGCGACUGUGCUCUUGAAGAGGCCUCUGCCCUCUGCCUGAUUUUUCUCCUUUCAGGAGGCAAAAUGUGUUUUGACAAACCUCUUCUUUGAGCCUCCUCCUUAUUAGCCCAUACAAACAAGAUCUCACUUCACAUAUCGCAAUGUUACUAAGUAAUAUUAGUGCUUUUUUAGGAAGAAAUGUUGUGAAUUCUUCUGAACUGCAAAUGUUGCAGAAAUUAGAUAAUACGAGAGAUGAAUCUUGACAGUACCUGUGUGAUCAUAUCUGGGCCAAUCAGAAAGAGGCUCACAGAUGAGUUUUUUUCCCGCCCCACCUGUCAAAACACAUAGUGAUACUGUUUUAGAAAAACCUUUCAAGGAAAUGUGAAAUAUGUUGUCGUUAAUGUCAGUGAGAUUACCAUGUUCUGCUAUUUGUUUUAGAAAAUUACAAGAAGGAUAAUAAAGACAUUUAGGUUUUAAUAAAUGUGUUUAUGUUAUUGUAUUGUUUCUAAUUAUGUCAGCACCUGCACUGCAGUCAGAAAUCAACGCAGGAGCCAAUAAGGUUAACUGCUUAUUUCAGCACUUAGAAGUCAUUAAGUGCAAAGACAUAGAUAUAAUUCUACCAAAAAAGAAUUACACAGAAAUGAAACUGUUGCUACUCUCAAAUGCCAGUGUAGUUAGCUGCCUUUUUCCUAAUGUCAAAAUAGAGAUGGAUAACCAUUUCUUGAUGUCUGGGCUGGUAAUUUUGGGUCCGAAAGAAUAUCCCAACCUUUUUAGGGUGAUUUUUAUUUUCAACCAUUCCUCCUCAGGAAUGGUCUGUAAUCGGCCUCUUUCCCUAAGAAAUUAGUGAGCCAACCCGAGUUUUCAAAACCGGAUCAACUCAGUACCAUUCUGCAUUUGGCUUCUUUCCCAUUUGGCCGAAAAGUUGAGACUGGCCCCCCUUGCCAGAAAGCUGCGUGGCCACUGUCCUUCACCACUGCGUGUCAGAUCAUGGCAUUAUGCCAGGUUAAUGCUGAUGAGGUCAUCAAUGCAACAAAAAUCAAGUAAGUCAACAAUGGAGAGCAUCAUUGAAGGGAGACAGUGUGUAGUCAUUGUUCUUUAUUGUUUUGCUAUAUUGUCCAUUCUCAGAAUACUCAAAUUGAGCAGAUGAUGGUUGUUUUCAUUGCACAGAUGGAACGUAGGCAAAGUGGAUCUGUGGUCAAAAUAGAAAGGAGUCACAGAAGGAAGAGAAGGAGCUUUUUUGCCUCCAUGGUGGUCUUUGCUAAUACUGCUACUGUAAUGGUCUUGGCACUGAUGGUUGGGGUUUUCAUUUCCUCCUGGUCAAAUGUCUAAUUGUCCCGGCAGCUGAUUGACGCAGAUCAUUUCCUCCUGGUUCCCUCAGCUAUUUCCUGCAGCAUCUGGGACCCUCUGGAUAGCGCCAGCCCAUCGGCUGGAUCUCACCUGUUUCGAAGAGGAUGGUGUGAACUGUCAAACCAGGUAAGUGACUCACUCUGAUAAUCAUCUCCUGUCAGAUGAUUGUGGUCACUUACCUGUGUUUUUCCCUCCCUAGAGUGUCAGCUUUUGGGUGGUGUCCCACCCCCCUUUCCCCGCAGUCGCUGCAGGUCCACAGAUCCACAGCAGCCCAUUUCAGUUCUGUUUUGUUUUAAUAAAUGUUUUGAACUUUCCUACUGACUGUCUCACCUUGAAUACUGGGUCCAUCUGUCCUGUUUCGUGAUAGUAAGCCUAGGUGGGGUCUUCCGGGCCCACCUUGAGACAGUCUUAAUCA